AUGUCGUUCAUGAUAGACUUCCCUUGGCGCCCAUUGCCAGCGGAUGCCCAUCAGCCACCGUACGCCCUCUUCGCCAUCGGUGGCCAGCCGAUUCCCGCUAAGGACUUUCCGGCUCGAAUCCCCUUGGGCUUGUUUCUACACUUCGCCCCUAUCGCUGAACAGUGGCUGAUCGACGUGCCUUCGAGGCUUCCAGUGCCGGAGAAGAAGCUCAUCCUUCACAAGCGCUACGUCGGUAUCGACAUCCCUGGAUUCGUUCCCAAGGCUGGUUUGCAAAUCAUUGUGCGACGUAUGGUGCAGUUGUCCGGCCGCGUGUUGAGCAGCGAAGAUUUCGAGACCUCUCCCUCGAUCCUGGAUUCUCUGAGGGUUGUCGUGACAUGGCGGAAGCUGCAGCUCCCGGCGAAAGGACUGGAAGGCACCGAGAUGCAUCUGCACAGCCGCCUGUCGAUGGGUCGGCCGGUGAAACUGGACGAAGUCAAGGCUGUGUGGGAUGUCUAUCCGCCGCCGUCCACGUUCAUGAAAGAAGCGCUCCUGAACUUCAUUCAUGCCUAUGUCAACCGGGACUAUUCUGCUGAGACUGUCACCGCGAUACGGACCUGGAUCCAAACGGUACCGGACCUCAAGGCCUUUUUUGCUCAGAUGGAAGGAGAGUAUAAGACUAGGGUCCAACUAGAAGAUCCUACCGUCCACCUGCCUGUCGAGACUACACCAGGUCCAGCAACCAACGUCGAGCCCUCCAAGACGGCGGAGAUUGUGGAGAGUGGUGGGAUUAGGCGCGCGACACCUGGACAGCGAAGGGAUUCGCUCAAGGGAAAUCUUGCCGGUAUGAAGCCGCGCCUGCGUCGCAUGAAGUCCGAUCCGCCUCUUCGUUCUAUCCACGACGAGGACGACGACUCGCGUACGAAUCAGUCAGGACCAACCGGACGUCCACGCUCGGCCGAAAUCCACACUCGUCCCUACUCACUCAGCAGGGCGUUUUCUUUCAUUGCACCAAUGGAAGACACCGAAGAACCACCCUCGAACGCUCUUGCAAGCUCUGGUCAUGGGGAAGAAAUCAUUCAAACUGACCCAGGCACUUCCUGA